AUGUCCGCUACUCAUGCCACCAAGGCGUUCACCACUGUGCAGGCCAUGCGCAUGCUCGGGAACUCCACCAGAGGUCUCUUGCCUAAACAGCACUGCCUCUUAUAUUGGUCGUGUGUGGUUCCCAUUGCCACAUACAGUUAUCGUCUCUGGUAUUUUGACGGCACCCGUAAUAAGGGCGCGAUGAACCAGCUAAAACGGAUGCAGCGAAAAGCUGCUCUAUGGAUUACUGGUGCCUUCCGCACCUCACCCACAGGCGGUCUUGAGGCCCUUGCUGGCCUCAUCCCUGUUCAUCUCAUGCUGAAGAAGCUGGCGACGCACGCAGUGUAUCACGUCGCUACCCUCUCAGACACUCACCCUCUUCGCUCCAUGUUGGGUGAGGGACUCCUUAAGCAAGCUGCACCACAUGCCCGCUCAGCUGCCUUGAUGACCCUAGCUAUGCGAGGGAAAGUCAAGAGCACCGUUAUGGAGGUGGAUGAAUGUGUCCACACCUUAACUGAGAGCUUUGAGCCCUUUGCACCCGAAGCUCGCCCAGGCGAUCGGUUACUGGACCGCUAUGUGGACCAUCUCCACUUUGACAAGCGCGAUCCUGCCCAGGAUAGGCGACCAUAUCUAGACGAGCUCAUCGCGAAAGCAAGGGCCGACCCAUUAACAGUACUGGCUGCAACUGAUGGCUCCGUCCCUCAGUCCAAUCAGUAUCAGGCGGCUUCAGCUGCCAUCAUCUACAAGGGACACCGCGAGCUCGAAAGGACUCACUAUGUCUCUGGCAGAGUUACCGCCCCGGAUGCGGAGCUCAAUGCCAUUUCGUGUGCAGUGCACCUUGCUGUCAAGCAGGCAAACUGCCAACAUAUUAUGGUCUUUACUGACUCUAUGGGCUCAGCCCAUAGAGCGGUUGACCCCUCCGUGCACUCUGCGGUGCUCGGUGGCAGCCCGCUCGCUAUCUACAAACACAUACACUACGCGGCCUGGGUACUGAGUAAACCACUAAAGGACGUCCGCCCCCCCAACCACGAGCCUUAUGGCUCAAAUGCCGAAGCUCCCAUAAAGCCAGACCCACCUCGCGAAAACGGUGACGCGGGAUAA